UAGCCAAUAAAGUUAUUUUCUUAACAGUCAUGGCGGCGUCCAGGGUAGAAGAUUGGAAAUGGUUCCUGGUUUUAGCUGCUGGAGUUUCUCUCCUUAAAUGCCUCCUGAUACCUACGUACCAUUCUACAGAUUUCGAAGUUCACAGAAACUGGCUGGCCAUCACUCACAGUUUACCAAUCUCCCAGUGGUAUUAUGAAGAUACUUCAGAAUGGACAUUGGAUUAUCCCCCUCUGUUUGCUUGGUUUGAAUACCUGCUUUCACAGAUUGGCAGGUAUUUUGAUAAGGAAAUGCUGGCAGUUCAAAACCUGAAUUAUGGAAGCACGGCUACCAUCAUCUUUCAAAGGCUCACUGUCAUCUUUACAGAUAUUCUCUUCAUGUAUGCAGCUAGAGAAUGCUGUAGGUGCAUACCUGAAAAGAAAGAUGGAAAGGAGCUUUUUAAGAGACCAGCAUUUGUUCUUGCUGUGCUGCUGUUAUGGAACUUUGGCUUGCUUAUUGUGGACCAUAUCCAUUUCCAGUACAAUGGAUUUUUGUUUGGUUUAUUACUACUUUCUGUGGCCCGAUUAUUCCAGAACAGAAAUUUGGAAAGUGCUCUCCUUUUUGCCAUACUCUUGAACUUCAAACAUAUAUUUUUAUAUGUGGCUCCAGCCUAUGGGAUCUACUUGCUACGGUCCUAUUGUUUCACCAGCAGUAAGCCAGAUGGGUCCUUGAAGUGGAACACCUUCAGUUUUCUACGCCUUGCUUCAUUGGGUUUGAUUGUCUGCUCCGUUUUUGCUGUCUCCUUUGGACCUUUCAUAGCUAUGGGCCAGCUACCUCAGGUUCUUUCUCGACUCUUCCCAUUUAAGAGAGGCUUGUGUCAUGCAUAUUGGGCUCCCAAUUUCUGGGCAUUGUACAACGUGAUAGACAAAGCACUGUCAGUCAUUGGUCUGAAAUGUGGAUUCUUGAAUAUUGAGAGCAUUCCUAAAGCUUCUAUGACAGGAGGACUUGUCCAGGAGUUUCAGCACACAGUCCUUCCUUCUGUGUCUCCUCUUACAACUUUAAUCUGCACCUUCAUCUCAAUAAUGCCUGCUGUCUGUUGUUUGUGGCUAAAAUGUCGUGGACCUUAUGGUUUUCUCCACUGCCUGAUUCUUUGUGCACUGGGGUCCUUUUUGUUUGGUUGGCAUGUACACGAAAAAGCCAUUCUCAUUGCAAUUCUUCCUUUAAGUCUGCUUGCUGUGAAAGGCAAAAAGGAAGCUGGAAUAUUUCUUGUUUUGUCAACAACGGGGCACCUUUCUCUUUUUCCACUGUUGUUUACAGCUCAAGAACUGCCUAUCAAAAUUUUGCUCAUGCUGCUAUUCACAGUGUACAGUUUUUCUGCACUGAGGGACUUGUUCAGGGAGGAUAGACUGCUUUCAUGGCUGGAGGUGUUAUAUUUAUGUGGACUUAUUCCUCUUGGAAUUUUUUGUGAAUUGUUUUAUCCCUUAACUCCAUGGAAGGAGAGAUUUCCAUUUCUUCCGUUGCUGCUGACAUCCGUGUACUGUGCACUGGGUGUAAUGCAGUCUUGGCUGAAACUCUAUAUAUUACUUCUGAAUGAGUCAGCGACUGUCAAACCAAAAAAGGAUCAGUAACUUUGCAUUUGAGCAGACUGCAAGGGUUACAAGGACCAAAGUGUAAAAAGACUGUACACCAGCUGUCACACUUAUUAAAUUUGUUGGGAAGACUGUAAAAAUCAUGUCAAGCAGGUUGUGUUUUAUAUUACUAAAUAAAAGGAACUUUCUGUA